AUGUUCAUUCUGCCUGGCGGGUCGCUGCUUUCCGUGACUCUGUACUCAUUGCAGGUCACUCUCGCGCACACAACUUCUGGUCGCAAUAUCCAUCAAAAUCCUCGGACUCAGGAUGGGGUACUGCAGAUUGAUGACAUCUUUGCGCCCCUGUCCUUCGAUUCACCUCCGGCAACUAUGCCUACACGAAAUGAUCACCCUCAAGUACCGGUUGGAGUAGAUCAGGAAGGUCCGCUUCAGACCAACAAGUUUUACGCCAACUUCUUCGCCAAUGACCAGGACAACCGGACUUGGACACAUCCUUAUUCGGUUUGGUGGCCGAAGAACAAUGCCACACAAGGCCGUGGUCUCUCGAUCUCGCACACCGACCGUGAAGAUUUCAUCUAUGGCCCAGGCAAUCCAGUUGAGUCAUUCGAGGACACCUUUUUCCGGCAAUCGCUUAGCCUCUCUGCGAAGGAGUUGAGCAACAGCACAGUCUUGACGACAGACUCCCUCACGGCAGAAUCUGUCAAUGUCAAUCUUUCACCAAGCAAAUCUGCCCAGCCUCUCAUUUCGUUUCCUCUUGUUCAGGGGAUGGCUUUCGUGACAGGCAUCUACAACGGAGCAAGCGUCCUGGUACAAACUCAACAGGAGUUCUCUAAUAUCACCGAUCUUGGCGCUGUCUUUCAAAGCUCGGCUGCAAACGUAUAUGGAUGGAGCCUGAGCCUCAAAGAUGACUCCACGUGGUUGAUUUACAUCACUUGCUCCCCUGGAGCCUCCUACAUGGCACCAAACUCGACUUUCGUUAAGCCGAAGUUGAGUCUGUUGGACAAACGAACACUUGUUGGACCAUCAGUAUUCAGAGGAACAGUACAGGUCGCAAAGAAUCCUGUUGGGGACAGCGGGCUCUCAGCCUUCAACACCGCUGCUGGGGCUUAUCCAGAGACAGGCAAAGUAUCAGGAUCCGUCUCUGGCCGCUCUGGAACCUACACGCUAUCCUGGUCGAAAAAAGGGGUUCCGGAACAGGAUCUUCUCAUGUUUGCACUGCCUCAUCAUGUUGCAUCUUUUGACGAGGAGACAGCGAGCCACAUAACCCCAAUUACUCUCGCAAGCACAUCAAAAGGUAUCUCCACAGCCGUUCUCACAGAUACCUUCACCAUGGUGGAAAAUGAUCUUCCCACGGACAUUGGAUUCGACCCAUGGUCUCCGCGCCUUGGUUCCGUUGGCUCUGCUGACGCUGCUGGCGGGACGAUUUCCGAACUAGCGAAAUAUGCUGUUUCUUCCGUUGGAAAGCUAGAGCUUCAGGGUGACAUUACGGCCCUCACCAACUUGACAUCCAAGUACUAUGCAGGCGUCGCCUUCUCAAUGUACGUCAGGUCACUUUACGCCACUGCCAACGUUGCCGGCGAGACUUCAGUAUUGUCAAAAUCACUUCAAAAGCUUGAAAAUGCCUUUGCUAGGUAUGUCAACAACUUGGAACCGAAUCCUUUGGCAUACGAUACAGUGUGGGGCGGAGUCUGCUCCACUGGAUCCUAUGGGAACAAUGAUUCCUCGAUCGACUUUGGUAAUACGUAUUACAACGACCACAAUUUUCAUUACGGAUACUAUGUCUACACUGCGGCAAUAAUUGGCUAUCUCGAUCCAGACUGGCUCACAAGAAACAACUCGGUCAACAAGAUUUGGGUCAACACCUUGAUCCGCGACUGGGCCAACCCGUCUACAGAAGACCCAUAUUUUCCUUUCUCGCGCUCCUACGACUGGUAUCAUGGUCACAGUUGGGCUAGAGGUGUUCUCGAGGCCGAAAACGGCAAGGAUCAAGAGUCCUCGGCCGAGGACGCCUUUUCGACCUAUGCGAUCAAGAUGUGGGGACGUACGAUUGGAGAUCCGGUGAUGGAAGCUCGUGGGAACCUACAGCUAGCUAUCACAGCGCGGGCUUUGCAAAGCUAUUACCUCCUCGAUAGCAACAACACGGUCCAGCCACCCGAGUUCAUCGGAGUCAGAGCUGCUGGUAUCUUGUUUGACAGGCUGGUCAACCACACCACGUACUUUGGCGACCAGGUCUCUUUUGUACAGGGAAUCCACAUGUUGCCUAUCAAUCCUAGCAGCGCUUAUACCCGCAAGGCAGGAUUUGUUCGCGAGGAGUGGGAUCAGUAUUUCGCUGGCAACAAGUCUGGUUCCCUAACAGGAGGCGGCUUUGUGGGCCAUGUGUACGUCAACCUCGCCAUUGCAGACGUGGAGGGAGCAAAAGAGAGCUACGAAUUCAUGUUGCAGCAGCCAGUUAAUGGGUCCUUCGUUGACGGCAUGAGCCUGGCAUGGAAUUUGGCCUAUACAGCGGGCUUGGGUGGGAGUCUCGCCUCAAACUCGACGAUAAACACUAGAAGAAAAAGAAGCCGGGGCUGA